AUGACUAAGUCACAACUGAAACGUAAACGUUCGCAUGACAGCACAUUCUUACAAGAGGAGAAGGUCACAAAACGGCGCCGUUUGUCGAGCCUAAGUUCCCUUCUCAACUUUGACAAAUUGAUACGAUGUGCUAAAAGACGUUUGGUACCUAAUUCAAGCAAUAGAUCUACGCCAGUGACGUCAAUAAACUUUAGUUUGACGUUAAAUGACGACACAACGCUCUCUGAUUAUAGUGAAUCUCAUAAAAGGACAGGAAAACGGCAGAUCGACCAGGUUCUCGACGAUUCAUUUGAAGAAGUUGUUAUCUGUGGGAAACCUGUCAAUAAGAAACAGAAAAAGGGUCUUUCAGAUUCUAUGAUGGAAGAUUUCUACCUGUCCGAAGAUGACAUCGAUGAUGACGAAUCAGCCACGGGAAGUGACGUUGACAUCAGUAUAGAAGAUGUAUUCAGUUACACCUUUGAUGACUCAUUUGAGAAACCAUCGAAAUCACCAGUUAUUUUAGAGAGGAAAUCAAAACCGGGUCAUUUGUCGGUUGACAUGGACAACCAGUCAAUUCGUGUGACGUCAAUAAACGUGAGUGUGACGUUUGACAGCGUUAAAAAGAAACAUCAAAAAGAACACGUUAAGUCCACCAUGGAAGAGGUCAGCCGAUAUGAUGACGACGUAGAUGGUAACACAUCAGAUUUGAGUAAAGACACAAAGAUGCCAUUUUCAAAGACAAUUCACGACGCGGACGAAUGCCUUAAAUCUGAAUUCAAACAGAACUCUCAUUGUACCUUAGAUUCGUGUAAAAAGCACAGCAACUCCACUCAUCCAGAAUCGUGCUCUCAACCAUUUCAAGAAUGUCGAAAUCGUACCCAACCUGUCGUCUGUGAAAUUGAAAUGGAACAGUUAGAAAGAGCAUGCGAGGAAAGUAUGAAGAUUUUCAAUUUGUAUUCAACUGAGUCCGACACCAUCGUCAAGAAGGUUGACUUUGGAAAUGGUCGUUCCCCGUCUGUGUACUUGUAUGGAAAAGCAUUGCUGACCCUCUGUAAAAAGCAACUACAUUCCCUUCACGUAGAAAGAUCAUUCAGCCUAGGGAACUGUUACGUCACAAUGUUUGUGUUUCGGAACACCAACUUCGUUGACACGAACUCCAAGAGGAAAUACUCUCCUAUGAUGCUUGGUCCUGUCAUGCUUCAUUUUGACACAGAUGGUGACACUUACAAGCGUUUCUUUGAUCAUGUGAAGCAGUGCGCUGAUAUCCAGUAUGAUUUCAAACCAGAAUUAGACCGUAAAAUGAAAAAAAAAGAUAAUGUAAUUUAUAGUGCUAUCAAAAGUGUUUUUGGAACAUGUGUAACCAUCUGUGACAUUCAUCACCAGCCUGGUCAUAUUCGGAACACCUUGAGGGCAAACGUCCAAUGUCGAGAUCCCCUAAGCAAGGUAAUUGAAAAAAUAACAUCAAUAAUGAAUGGAGAGAGGGACAAUUAUGUACGUAGUCUAGAGGACGGAAGUGCAUGGAAGCUGGUACCACGCGCCCAGGAUUACAUGGUUCCCUUUAUGGAUGAGCCAUGCCGGGUUGCGUAUUUAGAUGAGUUGAGUUUGAGUCCAGAGUAAUUCACGAAUGUAUUAACAACAAGAAAAUGCAUUGACAAUUAGACCUGAAGGAAAAUUAUCUAUGCCUCUGCAUUGCCUAUGUUUUACUAAGAAAUAAAAAAAUAUAUUUCUGAAAGAGUGUUCGAAUUGUUACGAAUAAACUGUUAUUUUUUUAUUAAAAAGGAAACACAGUCUUAUUGUCGUCUCCGUCAUAUGAAUAUACUUUUCAUGAUUAAAAUACAUUUGAGUGUAUUUUUAAAUGAUUUAUGAAUACGAAGCUAGGCUAUGUCAACAAAUGUUGCAUUUGUAAUUAUUGUUGUUUCUUUUGUGUGUAAAAUCAGAAUGCCGUGUAAUAAUUAUUGUAUUAUACACUGUUGACAUAGAAUAAGAAUGUCAAUUUUUUUUAUGAUUUUAAUGUUGAUAUUAUGAAUAUAUAUAGAUAGAUUAAAUAU